CACAUGCGCGAAUAAAUGUCAAAAUUCUUGUCCAUUUUUAUUCAAAAAUCAUCUGGUUAUCUGGACACAAAACACAUAAUACUUGCGAUGUCUAAGAGAAGUAGUUUCCACAAAACUCCUAAAUUUAAGCCCGAAGUGAAAGUGAUUAAUAGUAAAUCCAAACCAACUAUAAACAUGUCUUUCCGAACGAAGAAAGUUGAAGUGUUACCUGAGCCUAUCAAGUCUGAUGCUGAUAAAAAACUAUACAAAACUAUUCGCCUGGAGAAUGGUCUAACAGCGCUUCUGAUAUCGGACUCGAGCCGUCUAACUAUUGGUAACGAGACCAGCUCCAGUGAGGAGGAGACCAGUGGCUCUGAUGAGACCACAGAUCCUGAAAGUGAGAGUGGAAAGUCUGGAGUAUCCACUGGCAGUGAUCAUCAUGGCAUGAAGAGACGCGGCGAAUAUGACGAGGAAAAACUGGCAGCAUGCGCGCUCUGCGUCGGCGUGGGCAGCUACAGCGACCCCGCCGACAUACAGGGGUUGGCUCACUUCGUCGAACACAUGGUAUUCAUGGGCAGCGAGAAAUACCCCAAGGAGAAUGAAUUCGACUCCUUUAUUAAGAAAAAAGGUGGAUCAGACAACGCAUCGACGGAUUGUGAGGUGACCACCUUCUACUUCGAGAUCCAGGAGAAGCACCUGCCCAAAGCAAUGGAUAUGUUCAGCCAGUUCUUCGUCAGUCCACUCAUGAUGAAGGAGGCAAUGCAGAGGGAACGCGAGGCUAUUGAGUCAGAAUUCGCAAUAGCAUCACCAUCAGACUCUAACAGAAAGGACCAGUUACUCUCCAGCUUAUUUCCCGAAGGUCAUCCAGCUCGAUCGUUCACGUGGGGCAACCUGCGGAGUCUGAAGGAUGAUAUAGAUGAUGAUGAGCGUCUGCAUCAGGCAGCUCACACGUUCAGGAAACGACAUUAUAGUGCGCAUCGGAUGACUGUCGCUGUUCAGGCACGAAUGGAACUAUCAGCCCUAGAAAGCUAUGUGGUGAACACGUUUGGACAUAUUCCCACCAACAAACUGCCGUCGGAUGACUUCAGUCAGUUCACCUUCAAACCUGACACUGUCACACCGGAGUUCAGAAGCAUCUACUACGUCAAGCCUAUUGGAGAUACUACUGAGGUACAUUUAACAUGGUGCAUGCGCUCGCUGCUCUCGGAAUACGAGUCCAAGCCGCACCAGUACAUAUCGUACCUGCUCGGACACGAAGGGAAGGGCAGUCUUCUAUCAUUCCUUAGGAAAAAGGUGUGGGCUCUUGGCAUAUACACGGGUAACUCUGAAAGCGGCAUCGACUACACAUCGAUGUACAGUUUAUUCUCUACACAAGUUGUGCUCACUAAGGAAGGAUUAGAUCAUGUUGACGAGGUGCUAGAAGCAAUAUUCUCAUAUAUAAAUAUGCUGAAGAAGAUUGGACCUUCGGAACGAAUAUACGAUGAAAUAAGGACGAUAGAAGAGACAAGUUUCCGGUUCGAGGAGGAGUCUCAGCCGGCGGAGUAUGUGGAGACACUGUCGGAGAACAUGCACUUCUACCCGCCGGAGCACUUCAUCACAGGGGACCGACUCUACUAUAAAUAUGAUCCUAAGGGUAUAUCGGAGCUGCUGGAGUGUAUGCGCGCGGACACAGUGAACAUAAUGAUCCUGUCCAACAAACACUCCACGCCCAUCAAGUACGACGCCAAGGAGAAAUGGUUCGGCACCGAGUACAAGAAAAUGGAAAUCCCAAGCAAAUGGCUGAACCGUUGGCUGACAGUGGAACCAUACACCCAGUUCCAUCUCCCUGAGAAGAACGUGUACAUUACAACAAACUUCAGCCUUGUUCAACCAGACCCGGUGUAUUUAGAGACCGCUAAAGAAUUGGGCUUAGACCUUAAAAACAGCUCUAUCAAGGACAUUCAUAAAAAAGUCGAAGCCAGUAAUAGAAAUACCAAGACUUUGAGCCACGGUGAUCUUAUUGCUACUGUUAAUAACUUCAGACUGGACCAACCUAACUUAAUACGUAAGAAUAGACACAUGGAGCUAUGGUAUAAGCCAGACUUCAAGUUCCGAUUUCCAACAGCAUUACUAUACUUCUAUUUUAUAUCGCCGCUCAGCUUGAAGUCGCCUAGAGAUUCAUGUCUUCUCGAUCUAUGGACGGACGUUUUACAGCAAGGACUCAAGGAAGAAGUAUAUCCAGCCAACAUGGCUGACUUAUCCCACUCUUUAUACGUCGGAGACAAAGGGCUCACGAUGAAAGUCACGGGGUAUAGUCAAAACUUACACUUAUUAGUGGAGCUAAUAACUCGAGAGAUGCGGUCGUCGACGAAGAAUUUAACGACCGCAAUGUUCGAGGCGGUGCGGGAAGUUCGGUCGCGGGCCUACCACAACGUACUCAUCAAACCGCACAAAUUAGCCAAAGACGUCCGCAUGAACAUACUGCUGAUGCCGUACGUGUCGCCGCGCGACAAGGCGGCCGUCAUACACAACAUCACUCUGGAGGAACUCAACGACUUCAGCGACAGGCUGCUGGACAAAAUGUAUUGCCAGAUCCUAAUGCAAGGUAACUUGGCGUGGCACGACGCUAUCAGGAUAUCUGAGAAAGUACUCUCCACCAUCAACUGGAACGCACUCACCGAGGAAGAGUUCCCCGAUGUGAAAGUACACCAAUUACCUCUGGGCGAGCGUAAGAUCCGUGUGAUGAGCCUGAAUGAGGCUUCAACAAACAGUAUCAUCACCAACUACUACCAGGGAGACGCCACCAAUCCUAAAGACACUGCUACAUUAGAAGUGCUCAUGUUAUUGAUGGAGGAGCCAGUAUUCGACGCGCUCCGUACGAAGGAGCAGCUCGGGUACAGCGUGUUCAGUAUAAUGCGGUAUACGUUCGGAGUGCUCGGCUUCUCAGUUACUGUCAACACACAGGUUGAUAAGUUCAGCGUCUCACACGUGGACGGUCGCGUGGAAGCGUUCCUGAAGAAGUUCGCCCGCGACAUGCGACGACUGACCGAGAAGACGCUCUCCGCCACCAAGCACUCGCUCGUACAACUCAAACAUACCACUGACUAUGAACUCAAGGAGGAGGUUGAGAGGAAUUGGCGAGAGAUUGUCAGCAGGGAAUACAUGUUCCACAGACUGUUCUUGGAGGCUGACGCCAUUGAGAAGAUCAAGCUAGUCGACAUCAAGACCUGGGUCGACGACUACUUCCCGACAGGCAACAAGUCCAAAUUCAGGAAGCUAUCUGUACAGAUAAUGGGUCACAAAUCCAACAAGGACAAUACGACCACACCAAAUUUGCACCCGAAGCACUACGAGCUCACGUACUUGGACGCAAGCGAACCAAUAGGAGACACCAUCGAGAACAAUGCAGACUUCAUCAGAGACAUAAAUGCCUUCAAAGUGGAGCUGCCAUUCAUAAACAUACCGAAAAUCGAAUUUGGACAAUGCUGAGGUACCAAAACUCGGGUGCGAAAGGCCACUAUGUAUAAAAUGUCACUAUUAAGUUCCAAUCUCGUUUUUGCGCUUCGUAGGUGGCGCUGGUGAUGUUUAAAGUCAUCUAAACUUUGUUGACCAAAUAGUGUUGACUUUGAACACCAUUUUAUUGCUACCACAAAUUCUGGUCUAACCAAAUAACCAGAAAUAUUUAAGCCCAAUAAAAAUAAAGUUUAAUGUAAAGGGAAUAAGGUUCAGUUUGCUUUAAUCACUUGAAUGUUGAACAAGAAUUUUGACAUAUUUUUAGUUAUUUAUAAUGUUGCGCAAUGCUUCGUGAUUUUAAACUUCUGUCAUUGGACGUGCAGUAGCGUCGCGUGAUAAUUCUCAAUUCUGAUUGGUUCCUUUGUACACGUUAAGACGGUCGUUCAUUGUUUCAUUCAUUAGCUAAUUCUUAAAAUAGAUGCCAGUACAUCUCGCUACCCAUCUUAAAUACAUUUUCGAUCUUAUUGCGUUGUAAGAAAGUUGAUUUUUAUUGAUGAAUUUAGACAUUUUAGGGUAGCUUGAUGUGCUUGGUGUCCUAUUUGACAUUUAAGAUUUUCUUCUUUUAUACUUUUGUAAUUUAAUUCCGUCCGAUUUUUCUAUUUCUGCCUUUCACCUUGUUUUACAAUUUUCUUUUUUUUUUGUAACUAUCAUCGAUACAUCUAUGGAUUUUGGAAUAUUUACUUUUACAUCAGCUUCAAAUUAUUUUAUAAAUUAAUCUUAUUUUCUUUAUAAACGGGAUCUUACAGGGAUAUCGAACAUGACAGAGUAUGAUGGUAUACCACUAUUGCAUGAAUAAGAAUUUAAAAAGAUAAAACUAAAUGACCAAGUAAAAAA